AUGCGGGGUCCUGUCAGCCAGAGGUCGGGAGGCAGGACGAGACCUGAAGGCGGUGCGACGAGCGUUUGCCUCACCGGACGUCCUGGACGACCGCGUCCCAUUGCAUCCGAUGCUGUGAGAUCGCACAUGGCGCUGCGUCGUGGCGGCUGGUGGGCGGCCAAGAGUGGCAAUGACGAUUCCUCGAGCAUGCUAAAAACAUCGCCAAGAUGCCCGCUGUACAUAGUAGAAGCACGACGAAACUGCUCGAGGAACGGUCGUUGUCGAGACACAACUCCGCCUCGUCCCCAGCAUCAGGUUUCCUCCACGGCUCCCGCAGCCACGGACGUCCAGGACCAGCUCCACAUCCAGCUGGACGGCAGAGUGGGACAAGCACGCCCCGAGACGACGUCGGACGGACGGAAUCGAAUGGCACUGGUCCUUGGCCCAGACCAGGACGGAUCCGCUCAGGAUUGUCGCUCGUCCAGGUACUCUUGUCUCUGCAAGUACUAUGGAAGAUACGAGGACGAGCUGCGUCACAAGCCUAGCACGCACACCCAGAGCUUCCUCCUGACCUCACCCCCUCCCUCGCCCAGACACCCCCGGCUUCGUCUUUGUGCUCUAUUGGCCUCUUCUCCCUUCCGUCCACCCAUAUCCCACGCCCAGGUCAUCGCCACCCUCCGCAGUUUGUCUGCAAUCGUCCUAGGGCUGCCACCCGUUUCCUUUUCUUCCCCUACUCCGUUCCCCUCGAAUCUGCUCUGUGAGGUUCCCCAUACACCCCUCCCCGCGUGCACUGGUGCACACUAA